AUGAAUUAUUUAUCAUAUAACAACCAUCUUUCAUCCUCACUAAGUGCAAAUUUUAUACAGUCAGGAAAAUGACAGGUUCGAGUAUUAUUAAUGAGCUUCGAAAUAGAAAAUGCGGAUAAACCAAAAAAACGCAAACUUUGGGUUAAAAAUAUUAAUGGCAAAAAAGUGAUUGGGAUAAUAUUUGUGAGAAAGAGGUUGCUGUAA